GGGUGUGUUCACGUGUGGUAAUGUGCACUGGUGACUAUGAGUUUCUAGAGUGAGCACGAGUUUGUGCGUCUGUUUUCACCUGCUGUGUUCCCACACACACACACACACACACACACCCUCCUACACACACGUAUACACACACUCCCACACACAAAAUUGCUAGUAUAUUACAGACACACAUUCAGUGGUUUCUGUCACUCCAAGAUAUUCAUCCACCAUGACUGGAAAAGUUGUUUUUCUCGCAUUCCUGCUCAUCUGUGUGGCUGCAGAUGCAAAGAAGGACUCUGGACUCAUGAGAAAGCCAUCUUGUGCUGACAUGGAGGAGAUUGUGGCAUGUCCUAUGAACUUCGCCCCUGUGUGUGGCAGCGAUGGGAAUACCUAUGCCAAUGAGUGUACCCUGUGUGCCCAGAGUCAAAUAACCAAGAUGGACAUUAGGGUUGUCAAGGAGGAGAGCUGUUGAACUGCGCAGGUGGUGAUGUCACAGCUAAGGCGACAAUCCAACAUGUCUCUUUGAAAUGGAUCCUAACUGUACUAAAUAUCUAAUUGCCAUGAACAAUAAAAAUUAAUCAGCACUAAA